AUGCCAAGUCAGGGCGCCGGCCCUUCUCGACGAUCUCAUACGAAGAGCCGUAAAGGUUGCAAGACGUGCAAACGAAGGCAUAUUCGAUGCGACGAGAACUAUCCACAAUGCCGCAACUGCACGAAACAUCAGGUACGAUGCGACUACAUGGAGAGCGUGUCCGAUAGCGACAGCGUCCCCAGUCCCGAACAAGCUUCCGUCCUGCUCAGUCCGAACUCAGAGCAACGCGUAGAGGCAUGGCAAUACACAGGCGGCUUCCCCUUCCCGGAGCUCAACGUAUACCCUCAGCCGCCUGUACAAGAGCUAUCGAGGAACGAGCUGCGUCUCAUUCAGCACCUCUCUUCAAUCUCUAGCGACUUGCAUGCGAACGGCAACGCAAGCUUGACCAUCUGGGCGCAGAAACUCCCCAGACUACUGAGCAUCGCAUCAUCAUACCCCUACGUGAUGCACGCAUUGCUGUCAUUCUCAGCGAACCACAUGGCAUGGGCGAACGGCUCCAACGAGACGCGGAGUAUACACAUUCACCACGGCGGCUUGGCGCUGCGUGGUCUGCAUGAAGCCAUUAGCAGUUUUUCGCAGGCCAAUGCGGAUGCUGUCCUGGCUGCAUCGUUGCUGAUGUUGUGGCAAAGCACAGAUUGGCGAAGCUGGUCUUCGUUGCGCGCCGGUGUCCAAUCGGUGCUCACGGCAAUGCAGACGUGGAAUCGACCGUCCCUGUUCGCAGAAGUGAUUACCGAAGGAGACUAUUUGGCAAAUGCGCUACGCGUCCAUCGGCGACAACCCUCCCUGAACCCCGUCGAGCGUAGCAACACAUUUCAACGAAUCGUGGAGGCGCUGCAAAGACUACGAAUGGGCCUCGCCGGGUGCGAUGUCGAACUAUACUGGAUCGAGCAGUUGCUCCUCUACGUUCAGAGCCUGCAGACCUCAGAGCCUGCGUAUUCACCGGACGCGCAGUUCGACCAGCUCUAUUAUUUGCGCAAAUGGCUUUUCUGGGUUCCCAUCACUCUGCUCCGAGGCCAGAGUGGAGGGCAGGGCCCAGCCAUGCUUACGCUCGCGCACUUUUAUGCGACAGCCUUGGUCCUGGAGCCGCUGUAUCCCGAUCUGGGCUCCUCGUUCUGCAGCGCCAUAGCCCUCGCGCCGCUCGAAAAGAUCAUCCACGUAAUCGACAUGAUGCAGUCGUCACGCGCCAUGGACGCCGCGUCCAUCGAGACCGCAAGCCUCAUGCAAUUCCCGCGCGAAAACGCCUUUGCCUACAGGAACCAAGCAGGCGUGCAGAUGAACCAGCCUGCCGCGCGCCAAACGCUGCCCCUGAACUUCAUAGCCGCCGAGCGCAGCGGCAGUGGAAGUAGCAGCAGCACCAAUACCUGGGCCUAUCCCACCCCCGGCAAUCUGAGUCCCGCUUUCCAUCCCUCCACUCCGUCUCAACACCCUGCCGCCGCCGCGCAACAACAGCAACAACAACAACAGCAGCCCCACGUCUCCUGGCUCGGCGUCCCAAUCGGCGCACAGCAGUACGCGGGCUUCGCACAGGGCACGCAAAGCUGGGGCAUGCCGUCGCCGGGCCUCCCACCGUCAGCACUGGAAAUGCAAGAAGGGCAGAUGUACGGAUAUGCGGCGCUAGGCCGAGGCGCAGGCGGCGGGUUCGUACCAGCAUCCGUGUGGACCUGA